AAUAUCUACAUUUAGCUUUAAUCUUCUCUUUAAGUCUAUUUUCGAAGUAAUUUUUAGCUGACGAUAUCUUGUAAACUGUAGUACAUAAGUGGUAUAAAAAGUCAGUUAGAAGUGAUUUUUGUGUUAAUUAUUAUGUUUUUUUUUGGGCGGAAGUGUACGUCGGAACAAAUCCACUUCCGGUCCGCUUGCUCUUCAGCGAGUUAGCUUAACUUCCGUUUGACUAAAGCAGCGACUAGUUCAUUUUGUAGGCGUGAAAUACAUAUUUUUUACUUUUAUUCGGUUGAUACCGUCGACCAGGCAGCCAUGUCUAGUCGCGAAGCCCUCAACAUGAAGCUUCCUCCGAUCCAGUCCACGGCCGGAGCCGUGCCGGUCCGGAACGAGAAAGGUGAGCUCUCCAUGGAGAAGGUGAAGGUGAAGCGGUACGUGUCGGGUAAACGUCCCGACUACGCGCCAAUGGAGUCGUCCGACGAGGAGGACGAGGACUUCCAGUUCGUGAAAAAGGGAAAGGAAUUGGAGGCGGAGGUAGAGCUGGAGGAGGAGGAUGUCUCUGACCCACGUCUCAAACGUUUGCUCAACCGCGUCUCCGAGGACGUGGAGGAGAGGCUGGCGAGACACAGACAGAUCGCGGAGCCUGAAGUUGUGGCCGAGAGCAGCGAGGACUCUGAUGAAGGCACGUGGCACCCAGAGCACCAUGAGGAGACCAGUGAUGAAGAGGAGGAGGAAGAGGAGGAAGUGGAUGAUGAGGAAAUCGAGAGGAGGCGAUCGAUGAUGCGCCAGCGAGCGACUGAACGGAAGAAUGAGGACAUGGAGGUCAUGGAGGUGGAGGAGGAGGGGAAGUCGGGGGCGGAAUCUGAGUCCGAGUCUGAAUACGAAGAGUACACCGACAGCGAGGACGAAGCAGAGCCACGGCUCAAACCAGUCUUCAUCCGCAAAAAGGACAGAGUCACAGUGGCGGAGCGCGAGGCGGAGGAGCUGAAGCAACGAGAGCUGGAGGCCGAGGCCAAGAAGCAGGUGGAGGAGCGACGGCGCUACACCCUCAAGAUCGUGGAGGAGGAGGCCAAGAAGGAGUUCGAGGAGAACCGGCGCACGCUGGCCGCUCUGGACGCUCUGGACACGGACGGCGAGAACGAGGAGGAGGAGUACGAAGGCUGGAAGGUCAGGGAGCUGAAACGCAUCAAGAGGGACCGAGAGGUCCGGGAAGUCAUGGAGAAGGAGAAGGCGGAAAUCGAGAGAUUCCACAACUUGACGGAGGAGGAGCGCCGCGCCGAGCUCCGCAACAGCGGCAAGCAAGUCACCAACAAAGCCAGCAAAGGCAAAUACAAGUUCCUCCAGAAGUACUACCACAGAGGAGCGUUCUUCAUGGAUGAGGAGGAGAACGUGUACAAGAGAGACUUCAGCGCUCCUACUCUGGAGGAUCACUUCAACAAAACCAUCUUACCCAAAGUCAUGCAGGUGAAGAACUUCGGCCGUUCCGGACGCACCAAGUACACCCACCUGGUGGACCAGGACACCACGUCCUUCGACUCGGCCUGGGCCCAGGAGAGCGCUCAGAACAGCAAGUUCUUCAAGCAGAAGGCGGCGGGCGUGAGGGACGUGUUCGACCGGCCCACCGUGAAGAAGAGGAAGACUUAGACGCGUGAGACGGACUCCAUCGGAGUUCAGAGACUUGUUCCCGAGACCGGCAGAGUCGCUCGACUGGACUUCAUGUUGUGGAAGGAAAGCAGGAAACCAUCUUUUUAAACGAACUUGAUUUAACGCCGGCUUCUGUUCAGAGGCAGAAUAUCACUUUAACGUGGCUGAAGAAAAGGAACAGAUUAAACCUCCUGCUGUGUUUUGUCUUUUAAAGCAGGAGGUUGUAAUUCUGUACAAACCAACUAGUAACAACAGUUCUGUUGCAGAUUAUUGUUCUGAUUUCCUGCAUUAUUGUUUCUAAUUUGUGUUAAAUAAAACUUGUAUUUUCA